UUACGGACAUCAGAUAUACAUAUUCGCAAUCCAUCAUGGCGUCUACAACCACCCCCGACCACAAUCACGCCAACGGCUCUACCAACACCACCACUCAAUCAGAGUCAGCAUCCUCUGGGAUCCCAGCCGAUUAUGACCUAAGCAAACCCAUUACAUCGACCACGGGACUUCGCCAAGGUCUGGCCUCGUAUGGUGAUGCUCAUUUCUCGCUCUUCCUCCGCAAAGUCUUCAUCAAAGCACUUGGAUACUCGGACUCGGCACUUGAGUCGCCCAUCAUAGGUAUCAUCAACACUUACUCGUCCUUCAACCCAUGCCACUCCAAUGUGCCACAACUCAUUGAAGCCGUCAAGCGCGGCGUUCUCCUCUCUGGUGGCCUACCUGUCGACUUCCCUACCAUCAGUAUCCAUGAGAGCUUCUCCAGCCCCACUAGCAUGUAUCUGCGCAAUCUCAUGAGUAUGGAUACCGAGGAAAUGGUAAAGGCUCAGCCAGUUGAUGCCGUCGUCAUGAUUGGAGGGUGUGACAAGACCGUGCCGGCACAGUUGAUGGGUGGUAUCAGUGCGAACAAGCCCUUUCUGCCUUUGAUCACCGGUCCUAUGAUGCCUGGGUCAGUCGACGGUGUUAGAGUGGGUGCGUGUACGGAUUGCCGGAGUCACUGGGCCAGGUACCGCGCAGGUGGAGCCGAUGUCGAGGACAUCAUGGGCGUUAAUGAAGAGUUGGCUCCCACUGGAGGAACUUGUGGUGUCAUGGGCACGGCGUCGACCAUGGCGUGUGUCACGGCGGGACUGGGCUUGAUUGACUUGCGCGCUGGUGCUACCGCGGCUGCUGUUAGUUCGGCCAGGCUGCGGGUCGCCGAACAAACGGGGAGGAAUGCCGUGGCCUUGUUGAAGUUGGAUAAACGGACACCACAGGAGCUUCUCACCAGAGAAAGUUUUCUCAAUGCCAUCACUGUCUUGCAGGCCACCGGCGGAAGCACUAAUGCCGUGGUUCAUUUGAUGGCGAUCAUUAAUCGGCACCCCAAGGUCGCUGGCACGAUUGAUCUGAAGACGAUAGAUGACAUCGGAAGGAAGACGCCACUUCUUGUCGAUCUCAAGCCAAGCGGCGACAAUUACAUGACUGAUUUUCACAAUGCGGGAGGUAUGCUGGCAUUGCUCCACACCCUCGGGCCAUUGUUGCAUUUGAAUGCCAUGACAUUCACAGGGCAAACAUUGGGCGAGCUGCUCGACAACACCCCAUUCAAGUCCUUUGACUAUUCAAGACAGAUUGUUCGUUCGCUUGAAGAUCCUCUCCAUCCGAGCUCGAGCCUGGUCGUGCUUUACGGCAACAUCUGCCCCGAUGGCGCAGUUAUGAAAGCCUCCGCGUCAAAGAAGAAAAGAUUGCUGCAUCAUCGGGGCGUUGCUUGUGUUUUCAAGGAUUCGGCUGAUCUGGCAAAUCGAAUUGACAGUCCAGACCUGGACGUCAGUGAGGACUCCAUCCUGGUACUCAAAGGCAUCGGUCCAGUGGGAAAUCCUGGAAUGCCUGAGGCUGGCCUGAUUCCAAUUCCUCAAAAGUUGGGACGAAAAGGCGUGCUUGACAUGCUAAGAAUAAGCGACGGUCGUAUGAGCGGAACAGCUGGAGGGACAAUUGUCCUCCAUAUCUCGCCUGAGUCAGCCGACAUGAAUUCAGUAUUUGGAAUUGUCCAAAGCGGUGACCGAAUAGUCUGUGACGUGCAAAAUCGAACCCUGUCCCUGGAGGUGGAUCAGAAGGAAAUCACCAGGAGGAUCGAGCAACGCAACCAACGCAGCAAUGAACAAACUACCGAUCCAUGUAAUACACGCCAGGAGCCAUGGAUUGACAGGGCAAAUCAGAGAGGCUACCGUGGUCUUUACGUGCGAGAAGUCAACCAAGCACAUCUGGGUUGCGACUUCAACUUUCUCACGGCACGAGGACCGACUCAAGAAUAG